CACCGAUAGGAUGCUGGAAAGACACUUCAAAGUUUGCAUCUUGAAGCAGUAUAAGUCAGAUGCAGGGCCAGGGCCGCCAAAGGUUGAAGGGCUAAGGGGUAAUUCUAACACAGAGGGGCCGCAAAGAUGUCAGAACUCCACAUUUUCAUCUUUACAUUUUUCCACACGCUUCAUCUUAGAUCAUUCUUCUAUAUCUGGCAAGCGUACACGCCAAUAUCUUAUGAGCCUGCACCAAGCAACUUGCGCAUACUAAGCUAAGCCACAGCAACAAGAAAGAUGAUUAGCUUCGUCUACCUGUCUUUUACCAAUCACUAACGAGCAGCAAAGAUGAAUUAUCGGGCAGGCACCAGGGCCCCCUCUGCUUGGGCCGCUCCCCGGGGGGAAGCUGAACCAGACGCCUUCGAGCUGCAAGCAGCGUCCCUGGCCCCCCUGACCGCCGCCAUUCUGAAAGCGCGCAGGGGAUCACCCGAGCCUCGUUACAAGUCCCGCCCGCAGUCGAGCCACUCGCAACGUUCCAGGGGGAACGCAAACGGGGGGUUCUUUUCGGGCUUAUCAAGCCAGCCGUCUGCGGGGGGUAAUUUGUGGUCAGCCCCCCAUCGGUCUUCUGGGGGGGUGCGCUCAGGGCAGCUGGGAGACGGGGGGGUGCCGACGACCGCGCUCGAAGAGAGCAUCGCGCGGCUGAAUGUGCUGCAGAGUCGGCUGAAACGGGGGGCGGGGGAGCCGGCGUCUGAACGAGCGUCGGGAGGCAGCUUGCGGAGGGGGCUGCUGAGCCCCCCGACGCGGAAAGAUGAUGUCAGCUCGGCGGAGGCCGCGGUAGCAAGUCAGCGGAAAGCGAGCUUGCGAGACGAGAUCCAGAGCGCAGAAAGGGCGCUGAACAGGGGGGUCCAGAAGGCUGCUUUUACCACCCCCGAGGGGGAGGUAAAGCGGGUAAUCCGAGUGGACGAAGCGCCGCGCCCCCUGUCUGCAGCCAGGGGGAUCAACCGGGCCCCGAUAGAUGGAAACGUGGGGCCAAUCUCUGGGCAUGAUUACCCCCCUUUUUCGAAGCAGGACGUGCGGCGCCACUCAAUCGGGCCCCUCCCAGAGGCUCCCAGGGGCAGCUCAGAUGCCGCAAACCGCAGGCACUCGUCUGAUGGGGGGCGGCCGGCCUCUGCCAAAACGGACGCAGCUUAUCCCGGACCUUACCCCUCCUUCGAUUCCAGGGGGGUCCAGGACAGUGCAGAAGUCAGCUUUGGUCAGGAGGCGAGGACGCCAGGAUUGUCGCAGUCAUGGACGGGGCAGAGAAUUCUCUGGUCGACGCAAGUGAGUCGGGGGGAUAGUUUGGCGGAGGGGAGUGGUGAGAAACGGGUGGCAGCGACGGAGGGAAAUGCUGAAAGGCAGCGACCAAUCAGCUACCCAGACGGUGUUCUAUCUCAGUCGCUAACCGGUUCCACAACUGGGGGAUCCCUGGAUUCGCUGCAAGCAAGAGUGAGCUCCCUGGAGGCGGAGCGGGGGCCUCUCGAAGGACGACUGUACGAGGCGAUCGGCCGCAUGUCCGCCUCGAUGGAGCGCGCCUUUCAGCAGCGCGUCGAGCGCCUCGAGGCGACCAUGCACGACGCCGUGGCCGAGGCGGUCGCCUUUCUGGGCAAAAAGGCGACCGCGGACGCCCGUUCCGAGAUCGAAAAAGCGUCUGCGGACGCCCAAAUGGCGAUCGACAAGAAACUAGGGCCGGCGGGGAUGGAGCGCCUCGCACGGCGCGCGGUGUGGCUCGUGGGGGGGAAGAUGGGCGCGAGGGCGACCGCACUAGAGGCCAAAGCGGCUAGGGCGCUGACUGUCGCUAAGCGGACCGAGUCCCAGCUGCGCCAGCUGGAGGCCACUCACAAGCUAAGCGACGGCCACGUGUCCCAUCUAACGGCCAAAAUCAAGAAGCUCAAGAAGGACCAGCUCGAGGCGGCGGGGCCGGCCGGGGGCGCUCCCGCGUGUGGGUGCGCGGGGCUUUGCAAGGGUUUGAGUGAGGGUUUGGAAAGUGUCGAGAACGAGGUUGCGGGACUGAGAACGGCAGCGGACCGACGGGAGCAUGAUACGCAACGGAACGAGAACGGAAUGCUGCGGAAGUUCGAGGAGCUGCGGGGUGAGAGGCGGGGCGGAAAAGCGGAAGAGCAAUUCGCGGUCUUGGCGAGGAGGGUGGAGGAGCUAGAACAGGAGCUCGGCUGCAAAACGGAAGCGGAACAGGCCUUGCAGCGGAACGGCGAGCUCGUAGCGGAACUGCGGAAAAGGAUCGACGUUGUGGAGCUUGCACAGCCCGCUGACAAAGCGAUUGACGAGAUGACGAGAUCUCAAAGGAGAACGGAAGGCGAGUUGAGCAGGCUGCAGGUCGAGUUCCGAAGCGAGAUGGUGGAAGCGGGCAAACGGAACGACCGGAACGUGCGAGCGGAACUGGCGAAAGCCAGGCAGGACAUCGUGGGGGAGAUCUCGGCGACGCUGGAGAGAGAGCGGGAAAGCGUCCGGCGGACGGUCGUCGAGGAGGUUGCCGACCGGACAGCGGAACUGGCGGAAUCCGUCCGGCGGAUCGCCGACCGGCAGGGCAAAGCGGAAGCGGACUCGACCAGGAGAGCGGAAGCUCUAGAGGAUAGGCUGAAGGCUCUGCAGACGAAGUUGGGCGCAGAAGUCGAUGUGAAGCUGGCGGAUCUCCGCAACGCGAACGGAACCGGAAAAGAGGUCGAGAAGCUGAGAGAGUGUGUCGAGGCACUGCAGAGCGUGUCCGACGAGACGACCGAGCGGCUCGCUGAAGCCGAGGAGGGUUUGGAGGGCGCGAAGGCGGCCGCGACCGAGGGUUUGGAGGGGUUGCGGGGCCGAGUCAAGGGGCUGGAAGAGAGGGUCUUGGAAAGCAUCGCCGUUGCCCAAAGGGGACGGGAAGAGGGGAUAGCAAAUACGGGUGACCUGCAGGAGGGUUUAAAUAGUUUGAGAGGGGCGGUCGUGGCGCUGGAAGCCGCGGCCGCGGCCGCGGAGCAAAACCCGGAGCGUCUUGAGAGCUUCCAAAAAGAGUUGGAACGGUUGCAGCAGACUGUUCAGAAGCUGGAAGGUUCCGCUUCAGCAAAAGCGGCUCUUGGUGUGGAUGCGCUCCAAGCGGAACUGGACGGUGUGAAGGCGUCUGUGACAGGGCUCGAGGAGUCUCUUUCGCAGGUAAAGGGGAAUGCGGGACUGGAAACGGAAGCCCUUCGGAACGAGCUAUCGAAAACAGGAGCGACUGUGGCGGCACUCGAUGCCUUCGCUUCUGAGAUGGCAGCAGAGGCAACUUUGGAGAGGAGCGGAAGCGCUGAAGCAAGAAAGCUGCUUGAGAAGCGUUUGGAGGACCUGACGGAGCGCGUCAACAAAAGCGAACAAAAGUCGGACGGUACAGAUUCAGACGGCGUCCACUCACUCCGAACAGAUGUGGACGGUCUAGCGGACGGUGUGAAAGUUCUGCAAGCGGACGUAGCAAGGGUGUCGGACGGUGUGAACACGCUGCGGACGGACUUGGGCGGGGUUUCGGACAGUGCAGAUUGCAUGCGGACGGAGCUGGACGUGCUCAAAGAGGUCCUCUUGCAACUGGAGAAUAAAGUCAACGAGGCCUCGUCAAAGAAGGAGGUUUCGAAAGGCGGAGAUGCAGGGGGAUCCCUUCGUGAUGACGUGGCAGCUCUACGCAGCCACGUGGCGGGUCUGGAGGCGUCCGUGCAGGAAGCCAGGAGCGCGGAAGUGGAGGCUGCGGGAUCGAAGGAGAGCUUGGAAGAUUUUGCAACUAGAGUGGGCUAUUUGGAGUCCGCGGUCGAGGAAGUGCGCGCGCGGAAGAGUUCGGGUGACGUGGCAGAAAAGCAACGGGAGCUUCGGGAGGAAUUUGAAAAGCUGAAAGCGUCCGUUGAGGCGAUGUCCGCGAACGGAAAGGUGGGGACGGACGGAUCGUUCUUGGAGGUUUGCGAGAGGUUUGAGGGUCUGGAGGCGCGCGUCGCGGCCGCGGCGGCGAGCCGGGAGAGCUUCGGUUCGAAAGCGAGCGUCGAGGAACUUCGAGACAGAUUGGAAGAGCUUGAGGGUUUGGGCGAUCUUGUCGAAAGCGUGAAAGCGGAGCUGGGCGAUUUACGAGAUAGGCAAAACGAGGGACUAAAUUCUUUGCGGGGCGACGUCGCAUGUAUGGAAGGUGCGGUGAAAGAGGUGAGGGAAAAGCUAGAGGAUGUAGGGGGCACAGAAAAGUUGGAGCAGGGUACCGGGCAGAAUUUGACCGGGAUAAGUGAACGGUUAGAGGGAAUAGAAGCGGGUCUUGGAGAGCUGAGGGGAAGGGAAGAAGAGAACGAAGGACGGCUUGGAGGGCUGCAAGAGCAGGUCGGCGAGCUGGCGGAAUCCGUUGAGGAUGCGCAGCGGAAGGGGGCGGAACGAGCGAGAGGCUUGGAAGAACGAGUGGCAAAAAUGGUGGAAGAAGGAAAGGGAGUCGAAGAAGAACUGGAGGCGAAGAUAUCGGAGCUGCGAGAUCGCGUCGCGCGGCUGGGAAGUUCCGUCGAGGCGCUUGCGGAGCAACGGAAGGACGGCGAAGCAGCGGAACGGGAAAGGACAGCGGACUUGAGGGUUAAGCUGAUCGAAAACGAGGCGGAUGGACUGAAGCAAGCGGUGGAGGUACGAAGACAACAACAGACGGAGUCCGCCGGAACCUUGGAUUCCGUUCGGAAGCAGGUGGGCAACCUUUUGGUGCGGCUGUCCGACGGAUCGAGCUGUCCGCUGCACAAUUCCGUUGAGGAGCUGAAGGAACGGAACGCGGAAAUGGAUCAUAGUCUGGAGGAGGUUCGGCUGAAGAUGGAGGGUAUGGAAGACGAUCUGCGCCGGCAAAUAGGAGGCGGACACGUGGAGCAGCAGGUUGAGCGGUUGGCCCUUGCGGUUGGGAAGCUGGCGGAGACAUGCGCGCGCGACCACGAGGCGCUGGCGGCCGGAAUAUGCCGGCACCACGGGGGCCAGGGAGUUGGCAUAAAUAUGACGUCAAUUGAUGACGAAGUCCAUGGGGAGGUAUCUCGCGGCAGCACUGCAGCGGAUAGAGAGAACAGGAACGAGGCGGAUUGGAGCGUGGAAACAGACGGGGAGAGUUUUUCAAAAAGGGGAAAUCUGGUCGGCGGAUUGUUUCAGGGGGAGACUGCAGACUCACAAGGCAGCCCGGCCGCCCCAGAGGCCGAGCCCGGGGAUCCCUCCCAGGCGCAAUCCUGGGAUGACAUCGGAGCGCAGCUUGCAACCGUUCGGCAGAGCCUUUCAGGCAAGGUCGUAUCCGGAACCGGAAUCGGGGUCGGGAGCGGAACCUUCUUUGCAGCUGCGUGGGCGACCGCGCAGUCAGAGGCCGGGCUGAAUCCGCUGUACGAACUGGGCGCGGGACCCGCCGGAAAAGUGCCCGGAAAGCUUCCCAUCGGAAGGUUUGAGGAGGAGGGUUUGGAAGCGGGCGCGCGCGCGGUCGCGGCCGCGCCGCCGCCGCUCCUCCUGAUGCACGAAAACCUGCUCUACCAGACGCCCAUCUCGCCGCCCAGCAACGCCACGUCGCCCGCUGACGUCACCAUGACGUCUACGUUCGGAAGCCGGGGGAAUGCGAAACCGGUGGACCCAGCGCAGACGUCCGAAACGGGGGUAAGCGGCUCGAGUGGAGCGAGCGCCCCGUCGAGCGGCCUCAGCGCUCCGUCGAGCGGAGUUCCGGCCAGCGGAACGCACGUUCCGCGCCGGCCCCCGUCGCUGAAGCUCGACGCGCUGCCGGGAAUUGUGCCGUCGGAUCUGGCCCUUCGCCCGAAGUCGCCCCUGGGGCGCAAGUCGAGAGCCCAAGCGGGUUUCUCGGACAGGGACUGGACGGAGCCUCCGAAGAGCGCGGUAGAGGUUCCGGCCUCGCUGCCGUUUGCCCGCGACUCCCUCUCAUACCUGACCAGCCCGGUAUCGCCUGGGGGAGGCACUCCGAGCGGAACCCGGACGGAAUUCCGCGAGCGGAAGGGAUGGGCAGGAGCGAACCCGGAAAAGGCCCCCAGCCCGGUGUGCCCCUCCCCGGGCGUGGCGAACGAGUUCCUGGACCCGAAAGAGCUGACGCCGUCGCCCAGUCCGGCGGACACCGGAAGCGGCAAGCCCGCGGACUUCGAAGAACGGACGGAAACGGCGACCGGUCGCAGCAGGCGCGGGAGGGGAAGCCCCGGGAGCGAUCACAGCCGAGACAGUCUGGAGGGCGAGAACGACGUCAGUGUCCUUCCAAAUGACGUAAGCGGUGGCCCGCCGUCACCUGGCAGCAGUCGGGUCGGGGGACAGUCUCCGACCGCAGGGCUCAAAGCGCGGGGUCAAAUCGAGUCUGAUCCAGCGAAUGAACCGGGGAAAGGAGACUUUGGCAAGGGUUUCGAUGGGGACGUGCCGUCAGCAUCGAGCGCUGCUGACGUCAGAGAGUCCGCCAACGCAUUGCCCGGGUUGAGUGCUCGGCAGAGCCCACGUCCGGACUCGGCUAGUCGAUAUGGACGGGGGAAGGACUCGGGGGACUUGUCCGACUCGCAGUCUGACGUCAGCGAUCACGACGUUGACGUGGGCGAAGAAGAGAUUCGUGAGGAGAUGGACGACUGGGAUCUAGGCGUCGAGGGAUUGGAGGACGUGCUAGGAAGCGAUUGAAGAUAGAAGUUGGACCAAUCCUAUUUUUAGUGCUAACAGUCUCUGGGGAAGCCCGUUCUGUGAAUCUUUGAGCGGAAGGUACUCUGGAAUUGGUCAUAAUUGUCGGAACGACUGUCGAUCUGAGUGACAGGGACAGUUUGGAUCUGCAUGGUCUGCGUAGGAUUUCUGAACACCUCGUAGCAAGGCGUGCCAACAUCCAAUUGCUUUCAAGAAAACUUUGCAAUCUUUGCGUGAAUAAUGGCAGG